CUCUUCUCCAAGUGACUGACGAGCAGAAUCUCACUCUCUACGAGGGGCACGAUAUGGAGGAGGCUUUCGAAGAGCAAAACAAGCUUCCCGAGUUCAAAUUAGAUGGCAAGCAAGCUCAAGGGUUUCUCGCUUUUUUCAAAGCCCUACCCAGUGACACAAGGGCUGUUCGGUUCUUUGAUCGGCGGGAUUACUAUACUGCCCAUGGUGAAAAUGCUAUCUUCAUUGCAAAGACAUAUUACCAUACUACCACAGCCUUGCGGCAAUUGGGUAACGGAACCAAUGGCCUUUCCAGUGUAAGCAUCAGUAAAAACAUGUUUGAAACAAUUGCUCGUGAUCUGCUUUUGGAGAGAACAGACCAUACUUUGGAGGUCUAUGAAGGUAGUGGCUCAAAUUGGAGAUUGGUGAAGACCGGAAGUCCUGGAAAUAUUGGCAGUUUUGAAGAUGUUUUGUUUGCCAACUGCGACAUGCACGAGUCCCCAGUUGUGGUGGCAAUAGUUCCAAUCUUUCGUGAUGCCGGGUAUACCGUCGGACUAGGUUAUGUUGAUUUGACCAACAGGAUUCUUGGAUUGGCUGAAUUUAUUGAUGAUAGCCACUUCACAAAUUUGGAGUCAGCUUUAGUUGCCCUUGGUUGCAAAGAAUGCUUACUGCCCAUGGAGGGUAACAAAAGCAAUGAAAAUAAGGCUUUGCGUGAUGCUUUGACUAGAUGUGGGGUGAUGUCGACUGAAAGAAAGAAAACAGAGUUUAAGACAAGGGAUUUGGUGGAAGAUCUUGGUAGGCUUGUCAAAGGUCCUGUCCAACCAGUUCGAGAUCUUAUUGGCAGCUUUGAAUAUGCUCCUGGUUCUUUAGGGGCAUUAUUGUCCUAUUCAGAAUUACUCGCAGAUGGGAGUAACUAUGGCAAUUACAGUAUCAGAAAGUAUAGCCUUGACUGCUAUAUGAGGCUAGAUUCUGCUGCGAUGAGGGCUCUGAAUGUAUUGGAAAGCAAAACAGACGCAAAUAAAAAUUUUAGUUUGUUUGGUCUCAUGAAUAGGACAUGCACUGCUGGGAUGGGUAGACGAUUGUUGCAUAGGUGGCUAAAACAGCCUUUAUUGGAUGUAGGCCAGAUAAACACCAGACUAGAUUUGGUGCAAGCAUUUGUGGAUGAUACAGGACUUCGACAAGAUCUGAGGCAGCAUCUUAAGAGGAUCUCGGAUAUUGAGAGAUUGGUUCACAAUCUCAAUAAGAGAAGAGCAGGUUUGCAGCAUAUUGUGAAGCUUUAUCAGUCCAGUGCAAGAGUUCCAUAUAUCAAAAGUACCCUGCACAACUAUGAUGGGAAAUUUUCUUCACUGAUCAAGGAACAGUAUGUGGUGGAACUUCUUAUUUUGACUAACGAUGACCACUUGAAUAAGUUCAUCAGUCUCGUGGAAACUGCCGUUGAUCUUGACCAACUUGAAAAUGGGGAAUACAUGAUCUCUCCUAGUUAUGAUGCUGGAUUAGCUGAACUAAAGGAUGAGCUAGCGUCACUUGAAGAGCAGAUUCAAAAUUUGCAUAAACAAACUGCCAAUGAUCUCGAUCUUCCAAUUGACAAAGCAUUGAAGUUAGAUAAAGGCACACAGUUUGGGCAUGUAUUUAGAAUUACCAAGAAGGAGGAGCCAAAGAUAAGGAAAAAGCUCUCCACCCAGUUUAUUGUCCUAGAAACCCGAAAGGAUGGAGUGAAGUUCACUAACACGAAGCUUAAAAAGUUAGGUGACCGCUUCCAGAAGAUUCUUGAAGAGUACAAAAGUCGACAGAAAUUUAUCGUUGACAAAGUAGUUAACACAACUGUAUCCUUCUCGGAGGUAUUUGAAUCUUUGGCUGCAUUGCUUUCUGAAAUGGAUGUUCUCCUUAGCUUUGCUGAUCUGGCUUCUAGUUGCCCAACACCAUAUACAAGACCAGAUAUCACUCCAUCUGAUGUAGGAGAUAUCAUCCUAAUAGGAAGUAGACAUCCUUGUGUGGAGGCUCAAGACUGGGUUAACUUUAUACCCAAUGAUUGUAAGCUAGUCAGAGAAAAGAGUUGGUUCCAGAUUAUCACUGGACCUAACAUGGGAGGAAAAUCCACGUUUAUUAGACAGGUUGGCGUGAACAUUCUGAUGGCUCAAGUUGGUUGUUUUGUUCCCUGUGACAAGGCCAGCAUAUCUGUUCGAGACUGCAUUUUUGCUCGUGUGGGUGCUGGGGACUGCCAACUGCGAGGAGUUUCCACCUUUAUGCAAGAGAUGCUUGAAACAGCAUCAAUCCUGAAAGGAGCUACCGAUAAGUCGCUGAUAAUCAUUGACGAGUUGGGUCGUGGGACUUCAACUUACGAUGGAUUUGGUUUAGCGUGGGCAAUAUGUGAGUACCUUGUUGAGGUUAUCAAAGCGCCGACUUUGUUUGCAACCCACUUCCAUGAACUGACUGCCUUAGCUAAUGAAAACAAUGUUCUUGAAACUAAUAUGAAGCAAGUUGUUGGGGUAGCAAAUUAUCAUGUCAGUGCACACAUUGACUCGUUAAAUCGCAAGCUGACCAUGCUUUACAAGUAUGCCUCAUUUGAUAACUUGUUCCAGGUUGAGCCAGGGGCCUGUGAUCAAAGUUUUGGUAUUCAUGUUGCUGAGUUUGCAAAUUUUCCUGAAAGUGUUGUUGCACUCGCAAGAGAAAAGGCCGCGGAAUUAGAGGAUUUCUCACCUGCUGCGGUCAUUUUAAAUGACCCUGGAGAACAGGAGGGACUGAAACGAAAGAGAGACUCUGAUCUUGAUGACAUGUCUAAAGGUGCUGCUCGAGCUCGUCGGUUCUUGAAGGAAUUCUCUGAUCUUCCAGUAGAGACAAUGGACUUGAAGCAGGCUCUGCUACAAGUAGGCAAAUUGAGGGAUGAGUUGGAGAAAGAUGCAAAAGACUGUGGCUGGCUUCAGCAAUUCUUCUAGGCAGCAUUCCGCUGGAGUGUUUUGUGGGUCACAACUUACAGAUCCACUUUCGGAAAGCUCGUCUUUAUUUUUUAAUGACGUGCAAAGAGCCGGCUGAGGGUGGGAACAUAGGUACCGGUUUAUUGCCUCUGCCUGAAGAUUAUAACUGCAACGCAAAUCUUGAGCUUAGGUAAUGCCCUACCAUUUUUGGUGGCUGUGGUACUUCCACGGGCCUCUCCUUCGUGUUUAUAUGCAUGUGCUACUUCCUCCCUGCUGUAUGUAGUUGUUAGAGCGCGCGCUCUCUCUCUCUAAUGUAAGUAAUCAACAGAUGAUUGAAUGUAAAACUAUUGGUGAGCCGCUUUAUAUCUACCAGUAUGUUGUUCCUGAUGAA